AUCUUCAACAUAGGUGGGCCAGGAGGGUCUGGGACGGGUGCUCUAGUGCAAGAAGGGAACACCAUUCAAAAUCAAUUAGGGGCCUCAUGGGAUGUGGUUAGCUGGGAUCCUCGAGGAGUACUCAAGUCAGGUCCAAAUAUCACCCUAUUCUCCACCGACCGCGAGUACGCUGAUUUUUGGGAGCAAUUCCAAGGACCAAAUCAGCUCGAAGCGCGUGGAAACCUUACAACUUCAUCCGAUGUAGCUUUCUUUGACCCAAUCAUUAGACGCAAUGAUGGUCCAGAAGAAUGUUUAGGUACUUGUGCGGUCACAAGAGACCUUGUCGCUCUGGUAGAUGCAAUCUAUGGAAAUGGAGCGGAUGCCGCUGUGUUUCACAUACUUAUCCCCUCAAUAGAACAGUCAUUGCCACGUGUACUGGAACCAUAUUCUUACUCCAAUAAAGUUCCCAUAGACUGGCUAGAAACGGAUACGGAAUCUGCGGAGCAAGCGUUCGUCAAAUGGACAGAGCUCUGUGUCGCUAAUCCUGACAAAUGUACUAUGGCUGCCAAGGGAAACAACACGGCAGAAGGAGUUCGAAACCUGGUAGAGCAUGUCUUGGAUGUCGCAUAUCAGAACUAUGAUGGUACAAAAUGGAAUCCUGUACUGGAUAUUCGCAAUACAACGAUCAGCUCGAACCCAAGGAGAUGGACGUUUGCCUCCAUCGCUUCCCAGCUUUACGCCGGUCUAUACCAGCCAAUUUUUGGUAGCGUAAUCAAUGGCGCCAUUGAAGGAGUCAUAAGUGACCAAUCGAAUAUCAACGGCACUACCACUCCCUCACUCAAACGUGAUACCAAAUCUGUAACCCCUCUCAAGAGAACGCUCCCCUAUCCCCAUCUUUUCCCUUUCGCAAACAUCUUCCCAGCGAACUCGCUGAGCAUG